AUGGAGGUCGCUCGUACCUCCUUGAGCCAUGCGGCUGCCCCCCAUUUUCUGUGGCCGUUUGCAGUCCGAUACGCUGCGCAUCAGCUCAACCUCUGGCCCCGUGUCUCCUUGCCCGAGACUUCUCCGACACUGCGUUGGACGGGAGAGGCUGGCGAUGCGUCGCGUUUUUGGGUCUGGGGAUCCCGAGCUUUUGUCCGCGACACGUCCGCGGACAAGCUCUCCCGUCGCGCUGUCCCCUGCGUCUUCCUUGGCUUUGUCCCGGACGCCCCUGGCUGGCAGUUCUACCACCCCACCUCGCGUCGUGUCCUGGCCUCUCAGGACGUCACUUUUGACGAGUCCAUCCCCUACUACCGCCUCUUCCCCUACCGCACUGCCCCGCUCCCCCCCCGCCUCUCUUCCUCGCUCCAGGUAGACCCGGGUGAGCCUGUCGAGGUAGCUGUUGACUCUCGUCCUACUAGGGGUGCUGAGCCUGGGGGUGCUGCGUCUGGGGGUGCUGAGCCCGGGGGUGCUGCGUCUGGGGGUGCUGAGCCUGGGGGUGCUGCGUCUGGGGGUGCUGAGCCUGGGAGUGCUGAGUCUGGGGGUGCGGAGCCUGGGGGUGCUGAGCCAGGAGGUGCGGAGCCUGGAGGUGCGGAGCCUGGAGGUGCUGAGCCUGGGGGUGCUGAGUCUGGGGGUGCUGAGCCUGAGCGUGCUACACCUGGAGGAGCCCUCUCCUCCCAGCAGCUGCAGGAGAGGUACCUCGAGUACUGCCGCCUCCGGAGAGGUGCUGCUGGAGCUCGUCCCGGUACUUCCCCUCCUACCCAGGAGCUCCCCCCCAUUCAGCAGAUCCGCGAGUGGUACACACGGCGCUGCAGUCUUCGGAGUGGUGCUCCUGGUGCUGCGGACCCUGGGGGUGGCGCUGCUGCUGGUGCUGAGGACCCGGACGUGGGAGCUGCUGCUGGUGCUGCGGACCCGCCUGGUGGAGCUGCUGCUGGUGCUGAGGACACGGAUGUUGGAGCUGCUGCUGGAGCUGAGGACCCGGGCGGUGGAGCUGCUGCUGGUGCUGAGGACCCGGACGGUGGAGCUGCUGCUGGUGCUGAGGACUCGGACGGUGGAGCUGCUGCUGGAGCUGAGGACCCGAGCGGUGGCACUGCUGCUGCUGCUGAGGACCCGGGCGUUGGAGCUACUACUGGUGCUGAGGACCCGGCCGGUGGAGCUGCUGCUGGUGCUGUGGACCCGGACGCUGGAGCUCCUACUGGUACUGCGGACCCGGCCGCUGGAGUCUCCUCUGCUUCCGGAGACGCUGUGCGGCCGCGACCGUACUUCGUACCGCUCCUUCAGCAGGUUCUUGGGCAGACUCCUCCUCCUUGUCCUCCUCCCUCCGUAGAGUGUCCUCCGCCUGUCCAGCCGCAGUCACAGUUACCACCUACCUCGCCUCUCCCUGCUCCCUCCAUUUACACUGGUCCCACAGGAGGUCUUACAGAGCGUCGUGAGCCUGAGUCUCGUCCUGCGUCGCCUGUUCGUCGUGCUCGCACUGGUAGUCGUGUCCGUCGUGAGCGUCCUCCUCCUGUCCCAGGCACUCACUACAUGACUCUGCGUCCCUCUACUGCUCCUCAGCGUGUCCCUCUACCGUCUCCUCCUGCUUCCUCUUUGCCUGACGUUCCGGACCCUGAGUCUGACCGGUAUCGUGCUGAGCACCCUACUGUCACGCGUUUCCUUGCUACUGUUGUCACUGACCCUACCUUUGAGUCCUCUGCUGCGUCUGCUCUGGUCACUGAGUUGGUUGACUUUGCUGCUGCCUGUCGUCUAGACUACGCUGCUAGCCUUGUUGCUGAGUCUGAGUCUGAGUCUGUCUGUCCUCCGUCCGUCGGGGGUGAGUGUGCUCUUGGCACGGACGUCCUUGAGGACAGACAGGAGGAACAUCCCGACCCCGCGCACUUACGCUGA